UUCUUUCGGACAGUGCUAUCACCUAGACAAAAGCUUUGAAUAGUUGUCGGAGACGCCAGCGCUCAAGGCGCAACCACUUCACUUUUGAUCGACCCGUUAUCUUCUUUCCGUCUUCAGCGCAACAGUUCGUUCAGACACUCAAGUGGGCAAAUUUCGAUUACAGUUGCUCCCCUCAUCCGACUUCACCGUAUGGGCGAUAUCCAGUAGUGACUAAGGGUUUGACGCGCCUUCCACUGCAGUAUAAAAGCGCUUCGAGUUCGCUUUAAAAUCUCAGUGUACUAAAGCCACCUCAGCAAUCCAAAGUCCAAGGGAAAAAAUGAAGAUUACUUCGCUUAUUGCCUCCGCCGCCUUGCUCGCCUCUCAAAGCGUCGUCAACGCAGCCCCUGCAGUCACCAAUUUAGACGAACUACUCUCGUCCCGCCCGGGUCCCAACUACGCUCUAACCAACAACUUUGGUACCACUGAUCCCGUAUGGGUUCCUAUCAAGCCCGCCAGUGGCGACGAAUCCGAAUCCGAUCUCUCUACACGCGCCACCUGCAACGGCCCCCACGUUGAAAUGUUCGGAGGUGGCCAGUGCAGCGGUACAGAAAUCCGCCAUCUCACUUUAUCCAACAAGAAACAAUGCUACGAUUCACAGACGAAUCCUCUCCGCGGGUUCAGCUCCGCGAACAUUGACGGCUAUCCAGGUUCCACGGGGACCAACUACGUGUCGUUUUAUAGAGGAGGGCAGGGGAAUUUCUGUAGUAGCGGGCUUUAUACGCUUGUGAAUUUCGUUGGAUGCGCGGAGUUCAAUGAUGGGUUCUAUUAUGCAAACGGGGUGACUUGGGAUUGUAAUUAACGGUAUGCUAGCCAAGCUUUCGGAAGCUAUUGAAGGAUCAUUGGGAACAGGGAAUCGUAUAUGGGUUUCUAGGGGCGAACAGAAAUUUACGCAACGGGGUAAGUAACGGUAUUUCCGUUGCGGAAUGUUAUGUACCGUUACUUACCUUGUUACUUACCCGUUACUUACUUCCACCUGGUGGCUGUGUUACCUCUUGCUUACUUUAUGCCACUGUAUGCGCUGAUAUCGAGAUGGCGCAUACUAAAAUCACGC